AUGAAGAUCAUCAAAGCGGUGGCGCAAAGAGACCCUCCUCCGCGAUGGGGGUAUUUGUCGCUCAUGCUGGGUAUGCUGUACUUACUACGACGCGCCAAGAUCAAAGACAUCCCACGCGAGAAUGUGAUAAGCUUUUUUGCUGCAAUGCUGCCCACGGAGCUUUCGCACAAUAUGCUGGCUCUCAACUUCGCCAUUAUCUACAAGCUACACAAAUCCAAGCAGCCCGUUUUGUCAGAGUGGGUCGGUUCCAUUGGAGCUUUGUUGCAGUGUGUUGUCAUGGUUCGGCUGGCAAAAGUUUACCGGGACAAUAUCUUCACCAAACACCUCAUUCGUGACACAAUGUACGCUUCCGACAUGCCUUCGGAUGGUGUUCAGACUAUUGGCAAGCUCAACUGGAACCAGUGGCUAGCUGUACUCUUACCCGUUCCUCAACCGAUGGGACUGGCGAUGGCAUUUCCAGGAGUCUCCAAGGUGCAGACAGUGACUUUUGCCCAUGUCGGGAAGAACAGAACUACCCCAUUGCUAAUGGAUGUAUACAAGCACCGAGAUACGCCGUCAAAUGCUCCGAUCGUAUUGUAUAUUCACGGCGGUGCGUGGGUUAUGAGCACUCGAGAGACUCCCCCAUUCCCGUGCAUCUACCAAAUUGCUGCUGGUGGGUGGGUGGUGUGCGUGUUCGACUACCAGAAAUCCCCCAAGAUUGCCUUCCCUCAGCAGCUGAUAGACGCGAAGCGUGCGAUCGCGUUCCUCCGUCGGAAUGCACGCGAGAAAUUUGACGCCAACCCGGACUUCAUUGUCGUUGGAGGAGAAUCUGCUGGUGGCCACCUGGCGAGCUUGAUGGCGCUGACUCCAGCGGACAAGUCUCUGCAACCCGGGUUCGAGGAGGUCGACACAAGUGUACGCGGCUGCAUCGACACCUACGGCGUCCACGACUUCAAGGAUCGUCACGGUGUGUACUUCUACAAGGACAAAGACCACAUCUUCGUGCGUUUCAUCGAGCUGUUGGUCAUGCAAAAGAAAAUGAGCGACGCAGAUGAAGACUGGGAGAACGCAUCGCCCGUUGGAUGGCUUCGCGAAGAGAAAGCUAGCGAUCUCCCUGCCGUCAUCCCACCGUUUCUCAUUUCACAUGGCACGCUUGAUACACUGGUACCAUUCGGCAGCUCGCAGGUCUUCUUCGAGCAGCUGCAGCUAUACCGACAGCGCACACUGCAAGAUCCCGUCGGUGGUGUUUGUGACGUAUUCCUGGAGCUCCCUGGCGCACACCACGCCUUCAACUACGUCAUGUCGCCGCGAGCAAUGGCUCACGGCCAAGCUGUGGUUGCCUUUCUGGACAGCCUGUACGCAAAAACUAAGGACAUUCCGCUGCAUUGCGCAUCAGAUCUGGCGCCGGCGCACAUAGCAGAGCUGGCAGAUGCAGCAGCUGGAGCUGUCACCACCACUACUGCACGACUGGUCAUCAAACCUCUCGACCCGACGCCAUACUUGAACAACGAGCGCCUUACACGCUGGGCUUACCUGGCUUUCGCCGCGUCUACAUUGUAUGUUGUGGAGCGCGCCAAGAACAACAAGAUCCCGCGUGAGAAUUUCUUCGGCAUGGCGGCGUCACUGUUGCCCACAGAGCUUGCGCACAAGAUCGCAGUCGUACACGCGUGUCUGACAGCUUUUCUACUCAAGAAGAAGAUUCCUAUUUUCUCACGCUGGAGCGGCGCAUUUGCUGGUUUGGUGCAGUUCGUAGUAGCGGCGAAGCUUAUGACAUGGUACCGACAGAAUAUCUCGUCGAAGGAAGUUUUCCGCGGCGCAUUCCUCUCGUCGGAUAUUGCGCCAGACCAGCUCCAGAAUAUCGGUCGCAUGACAUUGAAACGGUGGCUGAGCGUGUUACUACCUUUGCCACAGCCCAUGGCCUUGUCACUGAGCUACCCUGGUGUCAGAAAGAUCCGCACAGUUACAUAUGCGCACGUCGGCAAAACCAAAACCAUGAAGCUGCUCAUGGACGUCUACAAGCAUCAAGAUACACCGUCCAAUGCCCCUAUCUUCCUGUAUAUCCAUGGAGGAGGCUGGAUCAUUGGUGAUCGCCGUAUCGCGCCGUUUGCAUGCGUCUACCAAGUUGCCUCUAUGGGCUGGAUAGUGUGCGUGAUCGACUAUCGGUUAUCACCUGGAGUGGCGUUCCCCAAACAUUUGAUAGACUGCAAGAGGGCUGUUUGCUUCCUCCGCCAAAACGCACGAGCUGAGUUCGAUGCCAAUCCAGAGUUCAUCGCUGUGGGCGGGGAGUCAGCUGGAGGACAUUUGGCUAGUUUGGUAGGUCUUACCGCCAAUGAUAAGUCCCUGCAACCUGGCUUCGAAGACGUGGACACAAGUGUGCGCGCAGUUGUCGACAACUACGGCGUUCAUGACUUUAAGGACCGGCACGGGAUCUACUACUCUCGCGACAAAACCCACGGCACGUUGUUGUGA